AUGCGUCGUGCUUACAAAGUUCCACCUCCCGCGCCCUCCCGCGCCCUCCCGCGCCCUCCCGCGCCCUCUGCCGCCGCCUCGAGUCACGACUGUGGGCUUAACAGGGCUAAUUGGUUUUUGAACAGCUUUUAUACGGAAUAUGUUCCUCUCCAAAAUUCUACAUUGAAUAGUGUGCGGUUCGGCGUCUGCGCCCCAUUGUUCCCUAACAAUCGCUUAAUCAACAUAACCAGACGUAAUCACCGACUCGUCGAAACUGCCAUGAAAUUAUGCGCCGCGCGUUGCAUUGAUACGCGCUCCUUUCAAAUGGCUCCCCAUUCGGGCGGCUGGUGGGGCACAAUGGAGUCGGACGUCACGUUCUGCGCCAACCCCGCUCAGUCACCGCGGACCGGCAAUGGGGAGGAAAGAAAGCGACUCGACUCUUUUCUUUCGGAC